UCCAGGACAGAGAGGCGAGUACGACCGCAGGCAAUGCCUUCACAGUCUCCCAACUGGACGAAAUCAUGAGGGACCCAGGUACCAGAACAUCCCUUCUCGCUCCUGUGAAGACGCGAAGACUGGGUGAGCAAGGAACUAGCGAACCCACGAAGGAAGAAGAAGACAGAGAAGGAGAAGUGGACUUCUUUAACAUCCUGUCACCACCAAAACCGAAACUUUCAACUCAGUUUCAGGCAGGGGGAGCAAAAGGUGGAGCUAAGCAAGCGAAACACGGACAGAGACACCACUACGUGGUGUUAUUCUACACAUCGCUGGCCCCCCAGGGCAUCAAGAUUUUGGCGGGCAAGACACGGGCGGGGGAAUUUGCACUCCCCGCAGUUCAUAUGGACAACUUCCCAGGCACGAAGGACCAUAUACGCGGAGCAGUGGAUAAGUUCGCAGUGAGACGGUUUCCGUUAAGGCUGAUUUCAGGGAUAAGAGUGGGGAGGAAAACGGUGGACAUCGGGGAAGCCAGCGUGCAGGUUCACCUGACGUUUGUGGAUAUUAAGAUCACACAGGAGUGUGCUAACACACUAGAAGGCCAGGGGAUCCACUGGCUACCGCCCCAGUGGUUCGACUCAGACACGUCAGAUGAAGCUGCGAGGAUUCACCUGGUGGGCAGUGUGAAGGCGACACUGCGGCGCCCGAAGUUAGUGAUUGGCCUUGCCUGGUGGAUUGCUUGGAAGAAACUCCGUCCAGCCCAAACCAAGGUUCCAAAGAUCAAAGAUGAAGUCCUCAUUCAACCGUUGUUCGAGAACGAGGCCAUCAAACAGACGGAUGGAUCCGUAUUCUUGGCAUCAGUGCAAGCAGCCUCCUUUGGCGGGCGAUGGAUAGAGAAGGGGAUAUGGCAAGUUCGUGAUCUGUGGGAGGAAGAAGUUGCAGACUGGAAGGAAGUAAAUAUAAUUAGGAAGACAUUAGGAAGAGUAAGGAACGUAGAGGACAUAGUGAUACAAUUGAGGAAUGUCAUUCCAGGGGAGUGGGUGGAGAUGUUGCGAAGGAAGGGGAGGGGUAAGGUAGGCCAGUGGUAUAAGGCCGAACAACAUGGGGAAUUCCUUAGGCCGGAGGACCAACUGGACGACGAGGAUUGGAGCGCCACACAGUGGGGAUUGAGGUCUACCGAUCCACAGGAAAACCGUCUGCAGUGUCGAGGGGAGAUAGCAGUGGGCACAGCAACCCCUUUAAUUGCAGUGAGGGUGCUGCAAGCGAAGAGACAGGGUGAGGAGGGAGGUGGGAAAGACCCGAUCCUGAUUCAAGGGGGUGCAGCAAUCACAGAUCUCAGAGGGGGGAUACGGCCGCCGCCAAAGGGUGUGGGGAGGAGAGGAGAGAAGGAAGGAGAGGCGGCUAGAGCAAAAGGGGGGAGCCACCGUGUUGUGUGUGGAGGCAGUGAGAUCCUCCCAAGGGAGAUGGGAGGUGGGGGUGUUAGUCGUAGUGUGGGGGCGUUGCUCUCCUCGGCCAUUCGCCGCCGUCACAGCGCAUCCAGUUCUUCUUGGCAAUGGCUGUCGUCUAUCCCUGCAAGCCAUCGAGGUGUGAUGUCAGAAGCCACGGCAACCGGGAGUCGAUCGUUGUCAGGCGUGGUUGGGAGGGCUAGGAGGGAGCUGCAAGGAGAUCCAGCGAUGGCGGCGACAGGAGGAGCUGUGCGUCAGCUUUUGUCGGCCAAUGCUAGUCGCCGAUGGGUGACAACUGUACUCGGGAUCCCGGUUCCAGAUGAACCGUUGGAUGACCAUGCGCCUCAACGGCCAGCGAUCCAGCGUCUGGAGAAGGUCAGGGAGACGGCGAUGGUGGGAGGAGGACCGGAGCGUAUCAAGAAACAACACAAGGGUGGUAGAUUGACUGCGCGCGAGCGGAUUGGCGCUCUUCUCGACGAAGGCUCCUUCGUCGAAUCGGGUAUGUUUGUGCAGCACAGGUGUCGGGACUUCGGUAUGGAGGAGAAGCACUUCUUGGGCGAUGGUGUCAUUACCGGCUGUGGAACGAUCAACGGGCGUACGGUCUUCGUCUUCAGCCAAGACUUCACAGUUUUUGGCGGGAGUUUGUCGGAGACGCAUGCCAUGAAGAUUGCGCACAUCAUGGACCAGGCUAUGGCUGUGGGAGCGCCGGUGAUUGGACUCAACGAUUCCGGCGGCGCGCGAAUUCAAGAAGGGGUUUUGUCGUUAGCGGGCUACUGCGAGGUGUUUAAUAGGAAUGUAUUGGCCUCUGGAGUGAUCCCUCAGAUCUCGAUGAUAAUGGGGCCCUGUGCGGGGGGGGCUGUCUACUCCCCCGCUCUCACCGAUUUCACGUUCAUGAUUAAAGGGUACUCGCACAUGUUUGUGACGGGUCCGGAGGUGACAAGGUCUGUCACACACGAGGUUGUCACACAGGAACAGCUUGGCGGCGCCGUGUCGCACACCACGAAAUCUGGUGUCGCUCACGGGGCCUUUGAUAACGAGCUAGACGCCCUUGCCAGACUACGCGACUUCAUCGAUUUCCUUCCUUUGUCCAAUCGUGAAGCCCCUCCCCGUCGGGCCUUUGAUGACCCCCCUGAUCGCUUGAUCCCAUCCCUUGAUUUCGUCGUUCCUCGGGAAGAAACCGUGCCGUACGAUAUGAAGGAGAUCCUCGAAAAAGUGGUCGACGAUGGGGACAUUUUCGAAAUUAUGCCCGAUUUCGCCCCCAAUAUGAUCGUCGGCUUUGCGCGAAUGGAGGGCGCCACUGUCGGUCUCGUUGCCAAUCAACCGAACUACCUCGCCGGGUGCAUCGACAUCGACGCGGCUGUCAAAGCGGCGCGCUUUGUGCGGUUUUGCGAUUGCUUCGAGAUCCCGAUCGUCACUUUCGUUGACGUCCCCGGAUUCCUCCCCGGCACCGCGCAGGAGUAUGGGGGCAUUAUCAGACACGGGGCGAAACUUCUCUACGCCUUCGGUGAAGCCACCGUUCCCAAGGUUACCGUCAUCACGCGCAAAGCCUAUGGGGGGGCAUACGAUGUGAUGUCGUCGAAGCAUCUGAGAGGGGAUGCCAACUUCGCAUGGCCGUCAGCAGAAAUUGCCGUGAUGGGGGCGAAAGGCGCGGUCAGGAUUCUCUUCAGCGGUAGCAAGGAUAUGGACGGCGCAGCGCAAGAGUACAAGGAGAAAUUCAGCAAUCCGUACAUUGCAGCAGGGCUUGGGUAUCUCGAUGACGUCAUCUAUCCCAGGGACACUCGCAGCCGGAUCUGCGACGAACUGCGACGCCUGAGGACCAAGAAGCUGAAGAAUCCCCCGAAGAAACACGGGAACAUUCCCCUGUGAAACCGUCUAUUCCCAGUCUCCAUUUGUCUCUCUUUCUCCCUCCCUCCCUCUCUCUCUCUCCCUCUGCCUCCCUCUCUCUCUCUCCCUCUCCCUCUCCCUCUUCUUCUAUUCGCAGUCUCCAUUUGUCUCUCUUUCUCCCUCUCUCUCUCUCUCUCUCUCUCUCUCUCUCUCUCUCUCUCUCUCCCUCUCCUUCUGUUCGCAGUCUCCAUUUGUCUCUCUUUCUCCCUCUCUCUCUCCCUCUCCCUCUCCUUGUACCUUCUUUAUUUCCUUGGCUAAGUGAUCACUUCAAUCUCUUGCCUCCUCUCCCUCCUCAUCACCCUUAACUUUCUUCUUCUUCUUCUUCUUCUUCUUCUUCUUCUUCUUCUUCUUCUUCCUCUUCUUCUUCUUCCUCCUCGUCUUCUUCUUCUUAUGAUUCGACUGAUGCUUCUCCCUUCUUGUUCUUCCUCGUGUUCUGCUUCUACUUCUUCUUCCUCUGAGUGUCCAUAUUUUCGGUUCUCCUGCCCCACAUCUUCUGUUUGGCCGGCCACGUUUUCCCUUUCCUCAUCAUUCUUUUCGUCCUUUUCGUUGCCCUGUUCUGUCCUUUCAUGGCCUCCUCUUCCUCUUCGGCCUCUUCUUCUUCUUCUUUGACGUCUUCUUCUUCCUCUUCCCCCCUCCUCCCCCUCCCCCUCCUCUUCCUCUUCCUCUUCUUCUUGUUCUUCUUAUCCUUCUUUCCUUUCUGAAACCUCUACAUAAGCGGCAGUGAGAGGACCAGGCAGUGAUGUAGGGGGAAGAGGAAGAAGAAAACAACGACGGCGAGGGACAGUGACAAAUUGUAAAUCGGUGUGCUAUUAAAAGUUUGAAGUCUGUAAGUCGGUGUGCUAUUGGAAGUUUGUAAACGGAUGGUUUAGUCUAUAGCAAUCGGCAUUCAAUUUGAGAGGUGACCGACCUGACAAGGCAGGACGUGGAGGCAGGACGUGGAGGCCAUGAGCCAUGUCGAUAAGUCUGACAGGGAACUACGGCACCGUCGGUUGGCGGUGAGGCAGCCAGCGCUCAACCUGUCAUCCACGUGGCUGGCCUUGUACGUAAGAGGUGAUGAACAGGUGGGGCUUUCCUUACUUUUUUUUUUUUCUUUUUUCUUUUUUUUUUCGCCUUCGCGCUCUGAUUCACAGUGUGACAAUAUAUGUAUAUACUAAACAUAUCGUCAAACAGAGCUGCGCGGUAAACCCGUAGGCAGAGAGGGAGGGAGAAGAGGACAACAAACGAGAGGCUGUGGCAAACUGUUUCGUCGGAGUUUCACCGACUCAUCAUAUAUGUUUUACGAUAUAUACAUGUAUAUGUGCGUUUGACGACAUAUGAGUGUACAUAAUACAUAAAUAUUUGACUGUGACUAUGUAUGGACUAGAAUGGGAACAAAUAUAGCUCUAAAUC